AAGUUUAUGUUUCCUGCUUUCAAAGAGAUGCCAGUUUAAUCAGAGAAAAAGGGAAUCAUGGAAAUGGACAAGGGGCAACAGGACCAUAACAGAAAGGCCUAAGGGCACAGGGAGGGCCCGACUCUGCCUCACUCUGCAGAGUGAGGACCAUUGGAGUCAGCUCUCUAAGGACAAACAGAGACUUGCCAGGAAACGCAGGGGAGGGCAGCCCAGGACAAGGGCAAACAUCUGACAAAGGGAAUGAACGGGGCCCCGCCUGUAGUCCCGAGAAGGGCCGGACCCGCACAUACUCACGGCGCGUGUCUGCCGCGGCGCUUUCCCUCCUCACCGGCAGCAACAGCACCAAGGGUCUCCAGGCCACUGCAUGGGAAGAUAGACACCGAAGCGCAGGGUGAGGCCUGAGGAACUCCCUGCGCUGGGCGUGUAGCCGUUCCUGCCCCGGGCCUCAGCCAGCUGUCCACUGCUCACCUCUGGCCAGCGCAGCGGACCCCACGAGCCCCAGCCAACAGCCCCGAGCCGCUGCUGCCGCCGCCGCCGCCGCCGCCAUGUUCCCCGGAUGCACUCCAGGUAGCCGAGGGCAGAUCCAUAGGACACGGAGCCCCAAGGGCACGGACCGGAAACGGAAGUGUGCAACAGAACUUCUUCCGGGCGGACGCGGGGUCGGAAGCAGAGGUUCCGGGUUCCGGGUUCCGGGCUUCGGGCUUCGGAAUGAAAGGAGGGAAGGCAGACAACUGGCAGAGAGAGAAGUUGGCUACUACCAUGGAAUCACCAGAGGAGCCUGGAGCAUCCAUGGAUGAGAACUACUUUGUGAACUACACUUUCAAAGAUAGGUCACACUCAGGCCGUGUGGCUCAAGGCAUCAUGAAACUGUGUUUGGAGGAAGAGCUCUUUGCUGAUGUCACCAUUUCAGUGGAAGGCCGGGAGUUUCAGCUCCACCGAUUGGUCCUCUCAGCUCAGAGUUGCUUCUUCCGGUCCAUGUUCACUUCCAACCUGAAGGAGGCCCACAACCGGGUAAUUGUGCUGCAGGAUGUGAGCGAGUCUGUUUUCCAGCUCCUGGUUGAUUAUAUCUACCAUGGGACCGUGAAACUUCGAGCUGAGGAGCUGCAGGAAAUAUAUGAGGUGUCAGACAUGUAUCAGCUGACAUCUCUCUUUGAGGAGUGUUCUCGGUUUUUGGCCCGCACAGUGCAGGUGGACAGCUGUCUUCAGGUGAUGUGGCUGGCAGAUCGACACAGUGAUCCUGAGCUCUACACUGCUGCCAAGCACUGUGCCAAGGCCCACCUGGCCCAGCUGCAGAGCACAGAGGAAUUUCUCCACUUGCCCCAUCGUCUACUCAUUGAUAUCAUCUCUGAUGGAGUUCCAUGUUCCCAGAACCCAACAGAGGCAAUAGAAGCCUGGAUCAAUUUUAAUAAAGAAGAAAGAGAGGCUUUUUCAGAGUCACUCAGGACUAGCUUGAAGGAAAUUGGGGAGAAUGUACACAUUUACCUGAUCGGGAAAGAGUCAUCUCGUACCCACUCGUUGGCUGUGUCCUUACAUUGUGCAGAAGAUGACUCCAUCAGUGUAAGUGGCCAAAACAGCUUGUGCCACCAGAUCACUGCAGCCUGCAAGCAUGGCGGAGACUUGUAUGUGGUGGGAGGGUCCAUCCCACGGCGCAUGUGGAAGUGCAACAAUGCCACUGUGGACUGGGAAUGGUGUGCGCCUUUGCCCCGUGACCGACUCCAGCACACCCUGGUGUCUGUGCCCGGGAAAGAUGCCAUAUAUUCACUGGGUGGCAAGACGCUGCAGGAUACCCUCUCCAAUGCAGUUAUCUAUUAUCGGGUAGGUGAUAACGUCUGGACUGAGACAACCCAGUUAGAGGUGGCUGUGUCAGGGGCCGCUGGUGCCAACCUCAACGGGAUCAUCUACUUACUAGGGGGGGAGGAGAAUGACCUGGACUUCUUUACCAAACCGUCCCGACUCAUCCAGUGCUUUGACACAGAGACAGACAAGUGUCACGUGAAACCCUAUGUGCUGCCCUUCGCUGGCCGCAUGCACGCAGCUGUGCAUAAGGAUCUGGUGUUCAUCGUGGCUGAAGGGGACUCCCUGGUGUGCUACAAUCCGCUGCUAGACAGCUUCACCCGGCUUUGCCUUCCUGAGGCCUGGAGCUCUGCCCCAUCCCUCUGGAAGAUUGCCAGCUGUAAUGGGAGCAUCUAUGUUUUUCGGGACCGAUAUAAAAAGGGGGAUGCCAACACCUACAAACUUGAUCCUGCCACUUCGGCUGUAACUGUCACUAGAGGCAUUAAGGUGCUGCUUACCAAUUUGCAGUUUGUGUUGGCCUAAGGCUGUGAGGGAAAGAGCGGCUGACUUUUGCCCUCCCUUUCUCCAGCACUUACCCAUCCAAACUCAAAGUCCCGGAGGCCCCCAUUCAGGUACUAUGUUAUUUUUUGGCACAUGUUAGAAAGGCAGCGCCUCAACCCUUGAACUCAUAAGGGUGUUCCGUUUGGGGCUUUUUAGACUGCUGCUUCUCAGCUGGCUGAUUGAACUGAGAGUAGGCCAGCCUGUUCGCCAUCCCCUUGUAAUCCUGUGCCUCCCUACAGAGCACGUAGAGCAAGCCUCUUCUCCGCCCUUAGGCACUGCCUCCCCUCUUUACCUGAUCAGUGUUACAUAGAAGCACCCCUGAUCCCGGGACAGAAGGAAAGAUGCCCAGUCUUCCUUUUUUUCCAUAGCCUGUUAAGUGGCUAAUUGGUCAUUUUUCCACGAAGAAUUAGGUGUUAAGAGUUCUCCUUCAGGCUUUGGUUGGGAGAAUGGACUAAGCUGAAGGUGUCCUUCACCAGCAAGAGUCUACCCUAGAAUUUAGGACGUUUGUCUGUUGUUUUUCAUCUGUCUGUCAAGAAAUGUAUACUUUGGUUUUAUUUUUGGCUUAUUCCAAGGAGUAAGCCAGAAAGUAGAAAGGAUUAUUUCUGAUUAAUCGCAGAAACUUUUUUCAAACUCAAAUAUAUAAGGUCUCUAUUCUUUUAAAAGCUCUAAGCUAAGCCAAGAGCUAGGAACUGUUCAUACAAAUAAAAGUUUUUG